CGGCCCGCCUGCCUUCCCACCGCCGCUACCCCGGGCCGGUCCUUGCAGCCGCUCCCCGGUGCCAGCAGCCCCGGCCCUCUUCCCGGGUGCAGGGGAUCCCCCUCCUCUCCUCUCCUUCCCUCCCGGCCCCGCCAUGGCCCGCAAAUUAGGCGGGUGCAGAGCGCCUGCCGUCGUGGGGCUGCUGGGCCUGGCCUGCACCGUCUUCGGCAUCGUUAUGGUCUUCGUCGUGCCCAUCCUCAUCAAACAGCAGAUCCACAAGAACGUGAGGAUCGAUCCCAACAGUUUGUCUUACAACAUGUGGAAAGUGAUCCCUGUUCCUUUCUACUUGUCCGUGCACUUCUUCGAAGUCUUGAAUCCAAACCAGAUCCUUAAGGGAGAGAAGCCCUCUGUUCGGGAGCGGGGCCCCUACGUGUACAGAGAAUUUCGUCAUAAGGACAACAUCACCUUCAAUGACAAUGACACCGUGUCCUACUUGGAGUACCGCAGCUUUCGUUUCCAACCUGAAAUGUCUCAAGGAUCAGAAGAUGAUUAUAUCGUUAUACCCAACAUCCUCGUCUUGGGUUCGUCCAUCAUGAUGGAACGGAUGCCUCUUCCUUUGAAAUGGUUAAUGAGCUCGUCUUUCAAUAGCUUCAAUGAGCAUGCUUUCAUGAACCGCACUGUAAGCGAGAUCAUGUGGGGCUAUGAAGAUCCUUUUGUUGAAUUUCUCAACAAAUAUCUUCCUGGUAUGAUCCCGUUUAAGGGAAAGUUUGGCUUGUUUGCAGAGCUCAACAACUCCAAUUCCGGAUUGUUCACUGUAUAUACAGGUGUAAAAGACUUUAGCAAAAUCCAUUUGGUGGAUAAAUGGAAUGGGCUUAGCAAGGUAAAUUACUGGCGGUCUGAUCAGUGCAAUAUGAUCAAUGGGACAUCUGGACAGAUGUGGGCUCCUUUCAUGACUCCCAAGUCUUCCCUGGAAUUCUACAGUCCUGAGGCCUGUCGGUCUAUGAAACUUGUGUAUGAGCAAUCUAGAGAUUUCAAUGGGAUCCCAACCUUCCGAUUUGUAGCACCUAAAACCUUAUUUGCCAAUGGAACAGUAUACCCACCCAACGAAGGCUUCUGUCCGUGCUUACAGACUGGGAUUCAGAAUGUCAGCACCUGUAGAUUCAGUGCUCCCCUCUUUCUCUCUCAUCCUCAUUUCUACAACGCUGAUCCUGUCCUGGUUGAGGCUGUGAACGGACUCCACCCCAACAAAGAGCAGCAUUCACUGUUCUUGGAUAUUCAUCCAGUUACUGGCAUUCCGAUGAAUUGCUCCGUCAAGCUGCAGUUGAGUUUAUAUAUAAAAGCAGUCCGAGGGAUAAUGCAAACAGGGAAGAUCCAACCAGUAGUUUUGCCUAUGCUUUGGUUUGGAGAGAGUGGAAUGAUGGGUGGCAAAACCUUAAAGACAUUCUACACUCAACUGGUGUUGAUGCCCAGUGUGGCACAAUACGUGCAGUACGUCUUCAUCGGCCUGGGAGGGGUUCUCCUGAUUAUCUCCUUCAUCCUCCAAGUCAGAAGCCAGGACAAAUGCUUUUUAUUUUGGAGUAGUAGUAAAAAGGGUCCAAAGAAUAAGGAGGCCAUUCAGGUCUACUCAGAAACUCUGAUGACCUCUACUCAUAAUGGGACUGUGCUCCAGGAAGCCCGUUUGUAGAAAAACUUUGAAGAAGCUCUUGGACCAGGGCUGGACACACCAACUGAUCAGCCUCCCAACCCAAAGACCCCCCUUCUCCAGGGAGACUCGAGUAACGGAAAAUAUUAUAACGAUGAAGCUUGAGGGGGGUGGGCUGCUUCCAGCACUCUGCAGGAGUGCCAUUGUGACUUUUCUGUACACAUGUGUGCAAUGGACACUCAGGGACCAAAAGAUCUCAUUUGAGGAUUCUAGAAUGGACAUGUUGAUAUGGGAGAGGCCAGAGAAUCGAACUCGGCGUUCCAGUCAUCCAUGAUGGAAAAAAUGAUUGACAUCCAUCAUCUACCCAGAGGGUCGGAUCACCCACCUUGGAAGUGGGAGGUGCAGUGCUAUGCCUCGUGUCUUCCGCCCCUCAUCCCUUGAGUAGAGCCACGGGAACAUACUAUGUGAAUGUGUACUGCUUAGUUCAUCAGGUGCACACAAAUACUGUGUAAAGCUGGGUUGAGCCGUUUUGCUCCGCUCCUUCACCCCCUUUACCCUCGGAUGACCCACUUUUCUUAUCUAUUAACCUCCCCUCUUUCUCCUCUCCUUCCCCCCAAAAAAAUCCAUAUAGCACAACAGAACUCCAUAUUAGAGCUGGCCAGCAUUGGAUUGGGUCAGUAUAUGGAAAUGAACUUCCUCCUUGGCCCAAUUCCUAAAUUUUUUUUCCCCCCUCUCCAUAAGCCACAAUGUAUGUGUAGGGUGUUGGUCACUGUGGAUCCAAGUGUACAAAAAGGCACAUUUGCAUCAGGGUAGAGUGAGCUUGGUCCUAGGGAACAGUGGUUAUUGUCCUAGAGGACAAACAUAGUCCAGCAUAUAGAGAUUAUGCAACUCUUUACUAUUGACUCAGCUUAAUUUUUAAAGCGACUUUUUACACCCAUCAGGGGCAGGGACAAAAUGUGCGCCUGUUCCAGGAUUUUGUCAUCUGCGAGAGUGGUUCCGAGAACCUCAUUUAAAGGCCUUCCAGUGUUCCUCAUUCCCUGCCUUUUAAAUCCUGGAUGUUGUCUCACAGGGUGCUUGUUUUGAAUAUCCCAUCGAUUUCAUAGGCUUUGUAUUUUUGCUUGAACUAAAAUUUCCUGGUCAGACCGAAUCCCAAAUUGAAAGAUCCUAACACUAAAUCAUAUCCCGUGAGCCUCUCCCUUGACCCAAGACAUUGUGGGGAAGGAGUACUCGUGAUGGGGGCAGAAGGGGAAAACACUGCUUUAACUCCCUCGAGAUGCUCUUUUGCUCCUGCCAGGCUGCUGGACCUUGUGCCCCUUGGGCAGAUGUCUCCUCCCUUUUUUCCUAUGGGAAAAAAAAAUGAAUUUUAAAAGAUUUAUUAUUCAAAUAAAAAGAAAAAAAAAGUA